UUUAAAUAGUAUCUAGUAAGUUGCAAAUAUAAUGUUGCCAUUCCUGUAUUCGCAAGCGACGCCUAGUAGCAUGAAAUAUAACUAGAAAGUGUAUCAUAGAAAAUGUCAUGUUAUUUUCUUAAUAGGUGAUCAAAUCACGAUCACUCAUCAAGUAAUCAUCUUCGCAAUUGGGAUCGUUCAAAAUGCCCAAGAAAUUCGUCGGUGAAAAUAGCAAAGCUGUCGCAGCCAGAGCUCGAAAAGCGGCGGCAAAAGAAGCAGAAAAUACAAAAAAAGCUCUGGAAGCUGAAGAAAAAGCUUGGAAGGAUGACGAUAAACAAGUUCUUAAAAAGAAACAGCGACAGGAGGAGCUUGAAAAGAAACGCCAACAGCAGUUGGAAAAGAAAGCAGAAGUGAAAGCCCUCCUUGAAAAGGAAAUGGCAACUAUAAAAGUGGGUGGCAAACAACCGGCGUCAAAAAUAACUAGAGCAGAAAUCGUGGCUGUGACUGAGAAACGGAAUCAAGUAGCAAUGAAGAAGAAGGAAGAUGAGAAACCAAUUGAAGAGAAUUGGAAUAGGCUAACGAUCGAAGGUGAAACAGCACAUGGUAUAGAUGAGGCUUUAUCUGUUUUAAGUACAAAGGAUCCAGAAGUUGAUCGUCAUCCUGAGAAGCGUGUGAAGGCUGCGUAUGCUAGUUUUGAAGAGAGAACGAUGCCUAUUAUUAAGGAGCAAAAUCCUACCCUAAGGUUAAGUCAAUUGAAGCAGAUAUUAAAGAAGGAAUGGAUGAAAUCGCCUGAGAAUCCAUUGAAUCAAAAACUCCUACUAAACCGUUGAUACGAAACGCAUGUGACUGAUUAAAUGAUUCGAUGGAAUAUGUGAAAUAAGAAGACUCAUUAUAAUUAUAAUCACGAACAAAUCAAGUAUCUGUACACAAUUUUAUUGUAAACGAAUAAGUUAUACUCCGUUAGAACACAUAAAAUAACAUUUGCAUAAAAUCAUCUUUGGUAUAACUUAUACGCUACUACAUAGCCUCUACAUUGUAUUUUACACAUUCAUUUAAAAGAAAAGAAUUAAUUAAAGGCUGCGAAAAUUUAAACAGAA